AUGGGGAGGAAGAGAGCUUCACCUGUCAACGUGCUUUUUGGGUGGGUAAGGAGGCAGUCGAUGAAAGUGAAGAUUCUCGCUGGAGUGGUGCUUGCACUGUGCUUUCUGGUGGCUUUAAAGCACUCGGUGAAAGAUCAUGAGUAUUUCUUUAUCUUUUCCGAGGCUAUCCAUGCUGCUGGGAUCUUCGUCUUGAUAUAUAAGCUCACCACCCAUAAAACCUGUUCUGGUCUUUCACUCAAAACACAAGAAAUCACAGCUCUGUUUUUAGCUGCGAGACUGAUCUGUGGCGUAUUGAUGGAACUUGAUGCCCAUUCAGUGCUAGACAUGGCCACCUUGAUUUCAACAACUUGGGUUAUAUACAUGAUACGGUUCAAAUUGAAGUCAACCUAUAUCAAAGAAUUAGACAACAUGCCCUUAUAUUACUUGGUGGUGCCUUGUUCUAUCCUUGCCUUGAUAGUCAACCCUUUCACAAGAUUUUGUUACUUCAGUCAAGUCCUCUGGGCCUUCUGUGUGUUCUUGGAAUCUGUUUCGGUGCUGCCUCAGCUUCGCCUCAUGCAGAAUGCAAAGAUGAUUGAACCGUUCACAGCCCAUUACGUCUUUGCACUGGGUAUUGCUAGAUUCUUGUCCUGUGCUCACUGGAUAAUCCAGGUUUAUGAGACUCGUGGGAUGUAUCUUUUCUUGAUUGGAAGUGGGUAUUUCUGGUUUCCUGCGGCUCUCCUCGCUGAAGCUGUGCAGACGUUUAUCCUGGCCGAUUUUUGUUACUACUACGUCAAGAGUUUCAUGCAAGGUCAACUUUUGAUGAGGAUGCCUGUUUAG